AUGUUAACUAAAUUUGAAUCGAAAUCAGCACGUGUGAAAGGUUUAAGCUUUCAUAGUAAACGUCCAUGGAUUUUAGCAUCACUUCAUUCAGGUAUAAUUCAAUUAUGGGAUUAUCGUAUGAAAACAUUAAUUGAUAAAUUUGAUGAACAUGAUGGUCCUGUACGUGGUAUACAUUUUCAUAAUGCACAACCAUUAUUUGUUAGUGGUGGUGAUGAUUAUAAAAUAAAAGUUUGGAAUUAUAAAACACGUAAAUGUUUAUUUACAUUAUUGGGUCAUCUUGAUUAUAUUCGUACAACAUUUUUUCAUCAUGAAUAUCCAUGGAUUAUAUCAGCAAGUGAUGAUCAAACAAUACGUAUAUGGAAUUGGCAAUCAAGACAAUGUGUUUGUGUUAUGACAGGACAUAAUCAUUAUGUUAUGUGUGCACAAUUUCAUCCAACUGAUGAUCUUGUUGUAUCAGCAUCACUUGAUCAAACUGUUAGAGUUUGGGAUAUAUCGGGUUUAAGAAAAAAAAAUGUUUAUUCAUCACCAGAUACACUUCAAUCACAAAUUCAACGUACUACUGGAACACCAGAUUUAUUUGGACAAGCUGAUGCAAUAGUAAAACAUGUAUUAGAAGGACAUGAUCGUGGUGUUAAUUGGGCAACAUUUCAUCCAACAUUACCAUUAAUUGUAACAGCAGCUGAUGAUCGUGUUGUUAAAUUAUGGCGUAUGAAUGAAAAUAAAGCUUGGGAAGUUGAUACAUGUCGUGGACAUUAUAAUAAUGUUUCAUGUGUUAUUUUUCAUGCACGACAAGAUUUAAUUUUAUCAAAUGGUGAAGAUAAAUCAAUACGAGUUUGGGAUAUGACUAAACGAGUAGCAAUAAAUACAUUUCGACGUGAAAAUGAUCGAUUUUGGAUUUUAACAAUUCAUCCAACAUUAAAUUUAUUUGCUGCUGGUCAUGAUAAUGGAAUGAUUGUAUUUAAAUUAGAACGUGAACGACCUGUUUAUGCUGUUGUUGGAAAUCUUGUUUAUUAUGUUAAAGACAAAUAUUUACGACGAUUGGAAAUAACAACAUCAAAAGAUGUUCCACUUAUGCAAUUACGAAGUGGUCCACGUGCACCAUAUUAUUCUAUGUCAUAUAAUCCGGCUGAAAAUUCUAUUUUAUUAACAACACGUGUACCAGCUCAACCAGAUACUUCUAUUUAUGAUCUUUAUACUAUUCCAAAAGAUGCUGGUGAAUCAGCUAGUUCAACACAAACUCCAGAUGCUCCUGAAGGUCGUCGUUCAUCUGGUUUAAAUGCUAUUUGGGUUGCACGAAAUCGAUUUGCUGUUCUUGAUAAAAAUCAUGUUAUUUUAAUAAAAAAUAAUAAAAAUGAAAUAACAAAAAAAAUUCAAUUAGCAAAUUGUGAUGAAAUAUUUUAUGCUGGUACAGGUCUUUUAUUAAUACGUGAAAAUGAUCAUAUUAGUUUAUAUGAUGCACAACAAAAACGUUCAUUAGCAAGUGUUAGAAUAGGCAAAGCUAAAUAUGCAAUAUGGUCAAAUGAUAUGAAUUAUUUAUCAUUAUUAGCUAAACAUCAACUUGUUAUUUGUAAUCGUAAACUUGAACAAUUAUGUAUUAUUCAAGAAAAUGUUCCUGUUAAAUCAGGUGCUUGGGAUGAUUCAGGUGUUUUUAUUUAUACAACAUCAAAUCAUAUUAAAUAUGCACUUGUUAAUGGUGAUCAUGGAAUUAUUCGUACACUUGAUUUACCUAUUUAUAUAACUAAAAUAAAAGGAAAUAGUGUUUUUUGUUUGGAUAGAGAAGUUCGACCAAGAUUAUUAACUAUUGAUCCAACAGAAUAUAAAUUUAAAUUAGCUCUAAUUAAUCGAAAAUAUGAUGAGGUACUUCAUAUGGUUCGAACAGCAAAAUUAGUUGGACAAAGUAUUAUUGCUUAUCUUCAAAAGAAAGGUUAUCCAGAAGUAGCACUUCAUUUUGUAAAAGACGAAAAAACAAGAUUUGGAUUAGCACUUGAAUGUGGAAAUAUUGAUAUUGCAUUAGAAGCUGCUCGUGCUUUAGAUGAUAAACGUUGUUGGGAAAAAUUAGCUGAAACAGCUUUAUUACAAGGAAAUCAUCAAAUUGUUGAAAUGGCUUAUCAACGAACAAAAAAUUUUGAUAAAUUAGCUUUUCUUUAUUUAAUUACAGGAAAUUUUGAAAAAUUAAGAAAAAUGAUGAAAAUUGCUGAAGUACGAAAAGAUGUUAGUGGACAAUUUCAAAUUGCAAUGUUAUUAGGUGAUGUUGAAGAACGUAUUAAACUUCUUAGACAAUGCAAUCAAAAAUCACUUGCUUAUGUUAUGGCAGCGACACAUGGUCUUGAUGAACAAGCUGAACAAUUGAAAGAAUCUCUUGAUGAAAAAGUACCUGAAAUAAAUCCAAAUGCUGAAUUAAUAUUACCACCAUGUCCAAUAAGUCAACAAGAAUCGAAUUGGCCAUUAUUAGCUGUAUCAAAAGGAUUUUUUGAAGGUGCAAUGAUUCAAGGAAAUCAACCAAAAACAACAACAGGUUUAUCAUCAAAUAUAACAACAAAACUUGCUCCAAAUCUUCCUAUCGAUGAAACAAUAACAAGUGGUGGAGAUUGGGCUGAUGAUGAAGUACAAAUGGAACUUGAUGAAGAUGAUAUGAAUCGAGAAAAUCUUCAUGCCAAUCAAGAAGAACAAGGUGAAGGUUGGGGUGAUACAGAACUUGAAUUACCACCUGAUCUUGAAGUAACUGGUAUAGGUGGUGGAACUGGUGAUGAAGAAGAUGCAAGUGGAUAUUUUGUUGCACCAACUAAAGGUCAAUCAGUUCCACAAGCUUGGACACAAAAUUCGAAAUUAGCUGUCGAUCAUGUAUUAAGUGGUUCAUUUGAAUCAGCAAUGCGUUUAUUACAUGAUCAAGUUGGAAUUGUUUGUUUUGAUGAAUAUAAACAAAUAUUUCUUCAAAUAUAUUCACGUUCACGUACAGCUUUUACAGCACUUCCAUCAUUACCAGCAUUAUAUGCAUAUCCAUUAAGAAAUUGGCGUGAAGCUCAUUCACCAAAAUUAUUUUAUCCAGCUAUUGGAUUAAAAUUAGAAGAAUUAGUUGGACGUCUUCAAAUAGCUUAUCGUUUAACAACAAAUGGAAAAUUUCAAGAAGCUGUUGAAAAAUUUCGUUCAAUAUUAUUAACUGUUCCAUUACUUGUUGUUGAAUCACGUCAAGAUAUUCUUGAAAGUCAACAAUUAAUUGAAAUAUGUAAAGAAUAUAUUGUUGGAUUACAAAUGUCAAUGGCAAAAAAAGAUUUAGCAAAAGAUGAUGAAAAACGUUCAUGUGAAUUAGCUGCAUAUUUUAGUCAUUUACAAUUACAACCAAUACAUAAAAUAAUGACAUUAAGAACUGCACUUAAUCAAGCAUUUAAAUUAAAAAAUUAUAAAACUGCUACAAGUUUUGCUAAACGUUUAUUGGAAUUAGGACCAACACCUGAUGUUGCUCAACAGACACGAAAAGUAUUAAGUGUUUGUGAAAAAAAUCCAGUUGAUGAACAUCCAUUAAAUUAUGAUGAAUAUAAUCCAUUUGAUAUAUGUGCUGCAUCCUAUGUACCAAUUUAUCGUGGAAAUCCAUUAGUGAAAUGUCCAUUAUCGGGUGCAGCUUAUUUACCGGAAUUCAAAGGACAAUUAUGUCGUGUUACAAAAGCAACGGAAAUUGGAAAAGAAUCUCUUGGUCUUAGGAUUUCAAUGAGUCAAUUUCGUUAA